CUUUAACCGUAGACUGUCACUAUGUCACUAUAUGUCGCCCUGACAGCCGGGAAGUGCGUCAGCGGAGCGGCCACCUUCCGUAAUGCUUACAUGUCAAGGCAGGCAAAUGGGACGCAUCCCCUUUAAACAUGGCGGAGACUCACAGCCUGCAGGACAUUAGGCAGCAGGCAUCCGUUGCUGCUAAAGUCUUCAUCCAGAGGGACUACACUAAUGGCACCAUGUGCCAGUUCCAGACCAAGUUCCCAUCUGAACUGGAGUCCAGGAUUGACAAGCAACAGUUUGAGGAAACCCUGCGGAUGCUGAAUAACCUGUACGCCGAGGCGGAGAAACUGGGUGGCCAGUCGUACGUGGAGGGCUGCUUAGCUUGUCUCACCGCAUACACCAUCUUCCUGUGCAUGGAGACUCACUAUGAGAAGGUUUUGAAGAAGAUAGCUAAGUAUAUCCAAGAGCAAAAUGACAAGAUCUAUGCACCUCGGGGCCUGUUGCUCACUGACCCUAUUGAAAGAGGCCUGAGAGUUGUUGAAAUAACAAUUUUUGAGGACAGAAGCACUGGUUCCGGAAGAUAAAACUCACAAGAGAGCCAUUGAGAGACUUGCAGCCAACUUGACCGAACACCUUGUGUCUCUGAAAAUGGCUUCUUCUCCCCCAAACUCCAGCUGGAGUGCUGGUACAGCAGGCCACUGCAGCCAUCCUUCAAGCCAUCUCGAAUCCCAGUGGAGCGGAAACGACAGAAUCUAAUGACCUCUGUGGACUGUAUGUACAUAACAGAUUGUCUGUCACAGCCCGUUUUGCUUUGCCCAUGGUGAUCACAUAGUAAAUGAUUAACAUUUAUGGAAAGGUGAAAUGGUUUUACAUUCUGUAGGACUGGCAUCUGCUUGUUGUCCUACGCCUUUUCCUUGGGAGAAUCGUAUACAUUGUAUUCAUUUAAAUUAUUUAUUGAAUAUCAAAAUAAUUAAAGCAGGAAGUGGGUGUAGAAAACUGAUACACAGGGCACACUAGAAAAACUCUGACACCCCAGCGGUAGAAGCUAGUGACAUUCAGUCCUCAAUGCUACAGUAUGUUGCUGUUUAACUUUGACUGCGACCAUAAGGCAUAUCACUCUUCUUUUGUAAAUCACUGCUGUGCCAUAUGUUUGUACUAAUAAUGGAUAAUCCUGUCCAUGUGUAAUCACGCUAAAAAGGAAGAUAAGUGUUGUGUAAUCUGCAUUGACUUAUUCCGAGGUUUUGUCUUGGUGAUGUGUGAUUCAGUAUUUCCAUAUUUUCAUAUAUACAUGGCAGUUCUUUAGAACAAUAAUGUCAUUUUCAUGUAUGGUUACAGUUGUGGGGUAUUUAGAGCAUUACACAAUGUUGAGGUUCUUUAAAAUUUUCUUUAAAAUGUUAUUGCUAAAUAUUCCCAAAGUGAGUAUGGUCAUUUCUGGAUAAAAGUAUUAAUGAGACUAUCACAGAAACCUUAAGAUCUCCUUUGCUUAAGUGUCUAUAUAAUGCAUUUACAUGUGAUGUAAUGCAAUUACAAAUGUAUAUUUGACUAUUUAUAUAUGUACAAAUACUUUCUUUGAAAAAUACAUUAGGAAUAAGUGUG